CCUUCUGUGCCAACUGAGUGCCCGACCCUGGGAUUAACCAUUUUACUGGCCGGGGCAGGAUGAGCGAGACUUCCGGUGCUGUGACCACCUCAGGGGUGGUAAUCCUUGAGGAGUCUGAAGCUAGUGCGGCUGUUGGAGGGCGUCAUCAGGGGGAGCGAGGUGGAGCAUUUAGGUGUGCCUUCUGGCCCAGACAGCAGACUUGGCUAUGUGUAGUCCCCCUCCUGAUUGGUUUCGUAGGUCUUGGCCUCAGCCUCAUGCUACUCAAGUGGAUUGUGGUUGGCUCGGUGAAGGACUACGUACCCACAGACCUCGUGGAUGCUAAGGGCAUUGGCCAGGAUCCUAUCUUCCUUUCGAAGCCAAGCACCCUCCCUAAGGGUCCGGAAAGCACCACCUCCUCCACUACUACCACCACCGCUGUAUCCACAAUCUCUACUAUAACUACAGCGCUGAGGGGUAAAACUCGAACAUUAGCACCGCCAAACACCAACCACAGGGACGGAGGUUCCUCCGGAAGUCAGGUGACACAGAAGAGCACCACUAUGCUGUCCACUGGCACUUCCUUUCCUGGCUGGACUUCCACCUCCAGCCCUUCUUCUUCCAAACCCACUGUACAAAAUGAUUCCAUCCGUGAGCACUCGACAACCGAGAGGCCUGUCAAUGCUCCGACUCGGACCCACGUCAGCCGCAAGACACCAGCACCAACUCUCCCACCAUUGAAAUCAGAGCACUUCAAGCCCUGUCAGGAGAAGGACUUGGCCUAUUGCCUCAAUGACGGCGAGUGCUUUGUCAUCGAGACCUUAAGUGGGCCUCACAAGCACUGCAGGUGUAAAGAAGGUUUCCAGGGCAUUCGCUGUGACCAGUUCCUGCCCAAAACCGACUCCAUUCUGUCAGAUCCAACUGAUCACCUGGGAAUCGAGUUCAUGGAGAGUGAAGAGGUUUACAAGAGACAAGUGCUUUCCAUCACAUGCAUCACAGUGGGAAUCAGCUUUCUGGGCACACUCUGUAUGGCCCUCUACUGCCGGAACAAGAGACGCAGGGAAAAGCUCCAGGCGCAUUUAAAAGAAAGCAGAGGACUGAAGAACUACAGCCUCAAUCAGACAUGCAAACCACAUCCAGGCCUGCAGAUGCAAAACUAUUACAAAAGAUCAUCUCCACUACACGGAGGCUCCAUCCAUGAGGCCAGAAAUUCUCAAAACGGCACAGCUCCUUAUUAUCCAAGAAGUUUACCAAGCGGCCGACCUCUCAGGAGUGCUCCUCUGUCCUGUAACACUGAUCAGAAGAACCAGAACCGUUCCGCUCUCCGCGUAUCAGCCCGCAAGACUUCACCCAUCACUGGUGGACGACUCAAUCCUAUCGGAGGCUUCGGUCCUGCCUACCAGCACCUACAGGAAACUGAAGGUUCUGAGAAGGAUGCAGAGCCAGUGAGAGUGAAUAUGAUGCAGCCUGAUAUCGACUUGAGCCAGGAUCUAUUUCGAGGCACGCAAACCUCACAAUCCUUGGACAGAAGUCAUUUGGACAGACUGCCUGCCAGGAACCUUUGCUCAGGCUCCCCUGUCAACAGAACCUUUGCUUCUUAUGGGAUUCCCAUCAUCCCGUCGGUCCACUCGCAUCAAGGCGAGGCGUCGUGCAUGCAGACGGCCGUCGUCGACGGCGUGAGUCAGGGUUUAGCGCGGCCAGGGAGGUCACAUGAUGACAACCCGGUCAGCCCUCGAAGGGAAGGUAAUCGAUUGCAGGAAGAAGGUCGGGAAAGGCUCGGAGAAAUAGCCUGCACCGAGGCGAGGCAGGAUGAUUCUGUUUUUUCCAGCUCUCAUGUGGCAAGAGAGACGGUUUGUGUUCUCCUUGCCAACGGGGGUGGGCUUAGAGGAAUGGCUCCCAGCGGACCCACAGAGACUCAGUUAUUGAAUCCAACAGACGUUCAAGGACUCAAAGACUCAACACAGCCCUGUCAAUGAAAGGCUGUUCAUCACUCUCGUGGCAUACCUUGUUUCUCAACAAGGCUGUGGAGUGUUUUGCCAAAAAAACAUGAAAGGAAUUCUAUGGACGUUGCACAAACACUCUAGUGGCCUGGGUAUGAGGAUUCAUAUUUGAAGGAGUGACAGUCUACAAAUUUAAAAAA